GGCGCUAUCAGACGAGGUUGCCUAAUUCAGUUGUUUUUUCAUUCCACUCAAAAGCCACAGCUCCACCCUCUUCGGCUUUACAGUCCCACGCCCAGACGAGAAAUCCCUCCCCUCCCGAUCGGUCGAGAACACCUUUUCUGGUGCUCUCUUAUCAACGGGAGAAGUAACAAUCAAGAAGAGCUGGAGCCAGUACAGGACACACAGUCAUUGAAGCCCGGAGGAGGGAACGGCCAAAUUCGAUACAGAUCUCCAUCAGCUGCCGAACUCUUAGAUGCACAGCAGCAAGUUCAGAUGGAGAAGACUUUGAAGCGAAACAGGCAUCAAGAAUCCAUGUCCGACAAGAUCCUUAGAUGGCGUGGUCCCAUACUAUUGGUUUUGGUUCCUCUCCUACUUAUCUCCUUCGUGCUCUUUCUCAUGCCGACAAGGUCCAAUACGGAUUCUGUCUCCCGGAAGUUCUCUCCCAACUUCAUGUCUAAGCGUUAUGCGGUCAUCUUUGAUGCUGGGAGCUCUGGGAGUAGGGUACAUGUCUUCUGCUUCAACCAGCAGCUUGAUCUUGUUCCCAUGGGCCAAGAUCUCGAGCUCUUUCUACAGAGAAAACCAGGUCUGAGUGGAUAUGCAACAGAUCCCGAGGCAGCUGCAAAUUCACUAUCAGAGCUUCUUGAGAAAGCAGAAGCAGCAGUUCCUGUGGAGCUGAGGUCCAGCACACCAGUCAGAGUUGGGGCUACUGCAGGUCUACGACAAUUGGAAGGAGAUACAUCGGACAGGAUUUUACAAGCAGUGAGGGACUUUUUGAAGAAUAAAAGCUCUCUUAAGUCCAAGGCGGAGUGGGUAACUGUUUUGGAUGGAACUCAGGAAGGCGCUUAUCAAUGGGUGACCAUUAACUAUCUAUUGGGAAAUUUGGGCAAACAAUACUCUGAUACUGUUGGAGUGGUUGAUCUUGGGGGUGGUUCUGUACAAAUGGCGUAUGCUAUCUCGGAGUCAGAUGCUGCAAAAGCUCCAAAGUUAUCUAGUGGCGAAGAUUCAUAUGUGCACGAAAUGUAUCUCAAAGGAAGGAAAUAUUAUCUCUAUGUUCACAGUUACCUGCGCUAUGGUUUACUGGCUGCUCGAGCAGAGAUUUUGAAGGUUGAUGAAGAACAUGGCAAUCCGUGUAUAUUGGGGGGUUAUGAAGGUUCUUACAAAUAUGGCCAAGGGGUAUACAAGGCCUCAGCUUUGCCAUCAGGUUCCAGCCUUAGCAAGUGUCGGGAAACAGCUAUCAAGGCUUUGAAAGUCAAUGAAUCAUUAUGCACCCACAUGAAAUGCACGUUCGGGGGUGUGUGGAAUGGUGGUGGAGGGGAUGGCCAAAAGAAUUUGUUUGUUGCUUCAUUCUUUUUCGAUAGAGCUGCUGAGGCUGGCUUUAUUGAUCCAAGCUUGGCUGUUGCAAAAGUUCAUCCAGCCGAUUUUGAGGAUGCAGCUAAACGUGCUUGUGAGACAAGUUUGGAUGGUGCUAAGUCUAUCUACCAUAAAGUUGAACCAGAUAACUUGCCUUACCUGUGCAUGGACCUCGUUUACCAAUUUACAUUGCUCGUUGAUGGCUUUGGGCUUGAUCCGUGGCAAGAGAUUACAUUGGUGAAACAAGUUAAAUACCAAAAUUCUUUAGUUGAAGCUGCUUGGCCGUUGGGCAGUGCCAUUGAGGCUGUCUCAUAAUCCGCAAUCUAACUAUCAUUUAUUGUGGUUAGUGUAUGCUAUUGAUUGAUUUUGAAUGCACCUUGGAAUUGACUUCGGUUAAAGCAGAUCUUUUUUUUUUUUUUUUNGAAA